UUCUUUAAUGUUCUCUCGAGAGAUCACCUUCCUCUCCUUCUCCAAUUUCCCUACUCGGGGUCUCCUUCCACGUUAAUGCAAAACUUUUCCCUCGUCGUCCCAUCAACGACGGGCGACGAGCGGAAAUUCUUUAUUUCAUUAUUAACCACCACUACCACCAUCAGUAUUCAAAAUGCCUCCCAAAAUGGGAGUUUUGAAACCAUUUCAAUUAUUGGAAGUAAACAUUAUUUCUGCCCAAGAUUUGGAACCUGUGUCCAAAAAAAUGAAAACCUACGCUACCGCGUGGGUCCACCCUACCCGAAAACUUACCACCGGGGUUGAUACCGAAGGAAGUAACAACCCCACGUGGAACGACAAGUUUGUUUUUCGGGUAGAUGAGGAAUUUCUUCGGCAGGACACAUCUGCCGUUCAGAUUGACAUUUAUUCCGUCCAUUGGUUUCGGGAUUCGCUCGUCGGCUCCGUUCGUGUCCUCGUCGGAAAUCUCAUCCCUCCUCCUACUAGGCUUCAACACCAACACCAUAUUGGUAUGCGUUUUGUUGCACUUCAGAUACGUCGUCCAUCAGGUCGUCCUCAAGGAAUAUUAAACAUUGGUGUGACAUUAUUGGGUGGCACUAUGAGAAGCAUGCCAUUGUAUAGACAAUUGAGUAUGUCAGCAGUUGGAUAUCGCGAUUUGAUGGAAGAAGAUGCACAUCUUCCCAACUAUAACGAAAAAAUAGAAACUCAAAAUAACAAGGUCGAUAACAACAACAACAACAACAAUGCCACCACGAUAAAACCUAUACUACGUCGUACAAAGAGUGAACGUAGCGAACGUGUCACGUUCGAUAGUGCCUCAAUGGCUAACAGUUCAUUAGUUGCAGUUCCUCCAAAAAAGAAGGCUGUGGCUGUAGAAAAAGAGAGUUCAAUACUUAGCAUUUCCUUUGAACCUCCAAAGCAUAUGAUGAAGAAGAAAGGGAAAGCAAGUUCUGUAAUAAGUGGUGCUGAGCUAAGGGAAAAACCAAAAACAAAAGAUAAGAAAGGUAAGUCUGGCUCAGUCCUAAGUGAUUCAAUUGUGAGUAAAGAGUCAUCUAGUCUUAUAAACAGGCCCAAAGAUGAUAAGCCCAAGCCCAAAGAUAACAAUAGGCCCAAAGAUGACAAGCCCAAACUCAAACUUAUAGAGUUAGAACUUGGGGACAAAGACAAGCCCAUAAAUGAAAAGAAGACUGGAACUGACUCACCAACAACUAAAGCAGUUGAUGAAAAAUCUGUUACAAAGUCUAAAGGCUUAGGAGUUGGUGAAAUGCCCAAAGAGAAACAAACCACAGUAAUAGGAAAACUCAUGCCAAGGAAUGGUGGAUAUGAUUAUGGAGGCCCAAAAGGGUUAGGCCCAGGGAAAAAUGGGAAGUUUGUAUUUGGAGGCCCAUAUAAGGCCCAUUCAAUGUGGUCUGAUUCAGAAGUUGGGCCUUCACCCUCUGAAGUGGCUGCAAUUAUGGCUGAAAAGAAAUACCCAUUGGAAGAGGAAAAGAGCUCAGUUUUGGAUGGUUGGAGUUUGGAUGAGAGUGUCGAAGGACUCAGGUCGAAGCUCGAGAGGUGGCGAACCGAGCUACCGCCACUCUACGACCGUGGGAUGGCUUCGAGUAGCUACCAUUCGACCGGUCGUCACACGAGAAGGCAUACUGAUGGUGGAAGUGGCUUGUUUUCUUGCUUUGGUAACUUUUAUGGUUAUGAAUGUCAAUGCAUUUGUGGUAAGCCCAAAAGGAAAAGUUUGAACCCAAAGUUUCAAAGCCCAUCAGUUGGAAGCCGGUCAUGGGUGUGAAAAGCCCAAGCCCAAGUAAGCGUUCAAGGCCCAACUGCAAUAAGGGAAAGGAAAAUGAAGGAAAACACAUUCAACUUUGCAAUUGUAUUUUGAAGGAGAACAUCCAUAUACUACAAGAUGCUAUUAGGGGAUUUAUGUUGGUUAGGCCACUUUUCCAAAGAAAAUAUUAAUUAUUAUUGUUUAUAAGAUGUUGUAUUAAUUUUUUUUAAUUUUGGUUUCUGAAGAUAAACUUAUCCAGACUAUAAAUCAUUUAUUGUCUUAUGCAUGGUUGAUUGCUAAUCUUCUUUUCU